AGGAUUUUCCUUUCGUUCUUCUUGUAUUCAUAUCCUGGUAUUGAUCUAAUGGCUCUACGACGUAUCAACAAGGAGUUACAGGAUCUCAGUCGCGACCCUCCAGCUAACUGUUCCGCUGGCCCUAUCGGUGAUGAUAUGUUCCACUGGCAAGCAACUAUCAUGGGCCCUAAGGAUUCUCCUUAUGAAGGAGGUGUAUUCUUCCUCAACAUCACCUUCCCCAGUGACUAUCCCUUCAAGCCACCAAAGUGUCACUUCACUACGAAGAUAUAUCACUGCAAUAUCAGUGCUAAUGGUUCCAUCUGUCUCGAUAUCCUCAAGGACCAAUGGAGUCCAGCACUAACUAUAUCCAAGGUUCUGUUGUCGAUCUCCUCAUUGCUUACUGAUCCUAACCCCAACGAUCCCUUCGUCCCUGAGAUAGCCCACAUGUACAAGGGUGAUAGGACUAAGCAUGAUGCCAUCGCUAGAGAAUGGACGCAGAAGUAUGCUAUGUGAGAUCACUCGGCAACGGCCACCGUAGUAGCAACAGUGAUCAUCGAUGAUCUGUGGUAACUGAUAUGGAGUAUUUUGGUGGUCUAUCGAUAUGAUGGCAUCAACACUACAGUCACCAUCUAUCUGACAACCUACUCUUACUAUGCAUAACUCUGUUUAUUUCUGUACCCACUCUCAUUCUUCCAGAGAUUAUCAUUGUUAUUACUACUGUUAUUGCUACGAGUCCGAUGAUCCCACCAGGUAGGCGUCGUGUGGUGUAGGCCGUGGUGUAUUGGGUAGCAGCAACACCCUUUAAUUACCAUCAUCGUACUAUACUACUUCCACAUAUACUUGACGAAGAUGUCGCUAUCAACAU